ACAGCUCGCAAUGCAUCUGACUGCGUUAAUCUGUUUGUUUUUCAAAGCGGUACAGUAAUCUAUCUAAUCGAUUCUGUCUGCCAUGUGACCGCAUAACCCGCUCACAUGAGCGCCGAGUUGCAUGAUCCGCUUUAAGUUAUUUAAAGUCCGCUGCUACAGCUCGCAGCUGAGACAGGAGUUGCCAUGGCGAGCGGCGGCGAGCAGAAAGUGGUGCUGAUCACCGGCUGCUCCUCUGGGAUCGGACUGCGGAUCGCCGUGCUGCUGGCCAGAGACGAACAGAAGCGUUACCAUGUUAUUGCCACUAUGAGAGACCUGAGAAAGAAGCACCAGCUGGUGGAAGCAGCGGGUGACACGUAUGGAAAGACCUUGACACUGCUGUCUUUGGAUGUGUGCAGUGAUGACUCUGUCAGGAAAUGUAUUGACAGUGUAAAGGACCGCCACAUCGACAUUCUCAUUAAUAAUGCAGGCGUGGGUUUGCUGGGCCCUGUGGAGAGCAUCAGCAUGGAUGAGAUGAAGAGAGUGUUUGAGACCAAUUUCUUCGGAACUGUGCGCAUGAUAAAAGAGGUCAUGCCAGACAUGAAGAGGAGGCAAUCCGGCCACAUUAUCGUCAUGAGCAGCGUAAUGGGCCUGCAGGGUGUGGUAUUCAAUGAUGUCUACACGGCCUCUAAGUUCGCCAUAGAGGGCUUCUGUGAGAGUAUGGCUGUGCAGCUGCUGAAGUUUAAUGUGAAACUAUCUCUGAUUGAGCCAGGCCCAGUGCAUACAGAGUUUGAAACAAAGAUGAUGGAAGAGGUGGCCAAGAUGGAAUAUCCUGGAGCAGAUGCAGACACCGUCAGAUACUUCAAGGAUGUGUACAUACAAUCAUCCAUUGAUAUCUUUGAGGCAUUGGGACAAACCCCUGAGGACAUUGCUAAAUGCACCAAGAAAGUGAUUGAAUCCAGCCGACCCCGAUUCCGGAAUCUGACCAACAGCCUCUACACGCCCAUUGUGGCCAUGAAAUAUGCAGACGAGACCGGAGGACUCUCAGUGCACACUUUUUACAACCUGCUCUUUAACUUCGGCUCGCUUAUGCACAUUACCAUGAGCAUCCUCAAAUGCCUGACAUGCAGCUGCCUGCGCAGACGCACCAUUUCUCCUGACUGAAGAGGGCAGCAGUGAGACGCACACAGUCCCAAUUCCCUCAGUUUACAGCAGAACAGGGGCCCGUUCUUCGUAGGUCGCUUAUUACAUCCGAGAUGAAAUGUCACAUCCAAGAUGAUAUCAUCGCGCUAAUCAGGAUCAAGCUGAUUCGGUUCUUCAAACGCACCUGUUGUUGAUGAUUGGUAUGGCUGGAUUGACUUAUGGUUUAAAAGGGGUUAUGUAUCGAUACUCGAAACCACGAUCGGCAAUGCAGCGAUUGGCUGGUGGCAAGACAGCAACGUAAUGACAUCAUAUAAUUAAAAAACACCUGACGAAAAACUUGACAAAUUUCUGGACUUUUAUAAGGAAACAGCCAAGCGAACAAAACUACAUAAAUGUUAUAAUUAUUAAGCUUACGGACCUGUUGCUAUGACAGUGACUCCGGGAUGAGCUUCGAAAGAACCAAACAAUAUAAGAUCAUGCCGAAUCAUCAACAAUCAAAUCCAGCUAACUGAGUUAGCGACGUAUGAAGAACGGGACCCAGGACACAACUCAGUGCAACAAACUGGAGAAUACAAACACACAUGAAUAAUUUGGAAUUUUUUUUUAACAAACAACACGUAAAUGUUUUAUUAUAAUGCCAACACCUCUAUUCACCUAAUCAAGUGAGUUUAAGUUAUUACCAUGAUGGUGAAUUUUGAAGCAUUUUGCAUUUACAAAAAAGAAAAACUGGUAUAUGAAAUCAAUCCGUACACCAUAACAGACCAUUCCAAAAGCUAAUUGUGGUGCUUAUGAUGGUCAUAAUUCAACUGAAAAAGAAUCACAUAGCUGCCUUUAUUUAUACUAAUGAUUUACAAGUAAAUGUCUGUUUAACUCUUACACAUCUUCUGAAAGAGUACUGAAUGUCUGGAUCAAAACAUGGCUGGCAGAGA